AUGGUGAACGAGGUUCUUCGUAAUGUGGGAUCAACACCACCUCCGAUAGCGCCCGUAAAUAAGGAAGAACCAGUCGUUACACGUAGGGAACUUUGGAGUUACUACUUGUAUUACAAUGGAGAUAACGGUGUUGGUCCAAAUGGAUACUCGAUGACAUUGUUCCAACAAUGGGCCACUGAGGCUGGCCAUGAUCCCGUACGCGGAGUAGGCAGCUCAUGCACUGAUGCGAAUUCAUCUGGUCAAUGUGUCCUUCCGUGGGGCAAAGGAACGAAGUCUGUCAGCUCGGUAGUCCUGAUAGCUAACGGUCUAAGUUUCGCUGUCAUGACGCUCAUUUUCACUACAAUCGGCUCUGCUGCGGACUAUGGUAACUUUGGCCGAUGGUUAUUUUUUACAGUAACAGUUAUCUGCUGGGCUGCCCAGUUCGCGAGUAUGAGCCUAACAUCACCGGAUCGCUGGCAAGCUUCAAUGGCCCUCUUCAUGGUCGGUUUCAUUUCUUAUGGGGCAACACUCGUUUUCUACGCUGCGUUAUUCCCACGACUUGCAAGGAACACAUCGCAUUCUCGCAAACUCCGAGAUAUGCUUGAAAAUGGUGCAAUCACUGCCGAGGAGUACGAAAGGGAAGAAAGUCUUGAGAAGAACAGAAUCAGUAAUAUCAGCACGAUGCACAGUAACAUUGGAUACAUUGCUACGCUUUGCCUUAAUUUGUCGCUUCUUUUACCACUUGCGAACAAUCCUAAAGUCAACAACUAUGUCAUUGUACUUACGAAUGCAUACUGGGUACUCCUCGGAAUUUGGUGGUUUAUUUAUCAGGAGCCGAGACCCGGUCCACCUCUUCCGAAGAGCGAGAGUUAUCUGACUGUUGGUUGGAAACAGAUAUGGGAAGCCCUUACACAUUAUAAGAAACUUCCUCAUACUUUUAUCUACCUGGUUGCAUUUUUCCUUCUUGCUGAUGGACUCAAUACAACGGGGACACUCGUGUCUAUUUGCCAGAACGACAAAUUCUCGUUCUCAUUUCUAGAGCAAACGUACCUUGGACUAGCCCAGGCAAUUACGUCGACUCUUAGUACACUCGGAUUUUGGUAUAUCCAGAAGUACUGGAAGAUUCGAACAAAGCCAAUGUUUGUUGUUACGAAUGUCGUCACUGUCUUCAUCCCGUUAUGGGGAAUGAUUGGUAUCUGGACAGAAAAGUUCGGUUUUCACAACGUUUGGGAGUUUUGGGCGUACAAUGUUGUCUUCGGUCUCUUCCAAGCACCGUACUAUGCUUUCUCGCAGACUAUGAUGGCCGAACUCUCACCUCCAGGAUUUGAUAAUAUGUACUUUGGCCUUUUUGGCCUAUCUAAUCGAGCAUCAAGCAUGAUUGGACCAAACGUCAUUCAGGCUAUAAUCGACCGAACUGGAAACAACUGGAUGGGCUUCCCCUUUCUCUUCGCACUCUGCUUGUCCGCGGGACUGGUAAUUUGGUUCGGAGUUGAUGUAGAGAAGGGACGGCGAGAUGCUGUUGCAUUCGCCGCGGAACAUCGUUCGUUGGACGGCACACAUGUUGUGUGCCAGAGUGGUUCCAAUGUAUAUGAAGGAGAUGUGGAAGGAUCCGAUGUGAAGGAUGCGCGGCUUGACGAAAAUGAGAAUGCUGGGAAGGAGUAAUUUCUUGUUCUGUGGCAACUUUUCUUGGAAAUUGGAUCACUGGAUGGACGUCAUGUCAAUAAUACACGUUGCUAGUGCAUAAUAUGGUUUAAUGAUAGAAUGACA